AUGUCCAUCCAAAUCACCGUGACUGAGUUCCUUCUCUUGGGAUUCUCUGACAUUCGGGAGCUGCAGAUUUUGCAUUUCAUGGUGUUUCUAGGGAUUUACCCGAUAGCCCUGACUGGGAAUCUUCUCAUCAAAGCCAUAGCCCUCGACCACCAUCUUCACACUCCCAUGUAUUUCUUCCUGAUGAAUCUGUCCAUCUUAGACCUUGGCUGCAUCUCCAUUGUCGACCCCAAGUCCAUGGCCAAUUCCCUCAUGAGCACCAAGGUCAUUUCAUAUUACGGAUGCAUCAUCCAAGUCUUUUCCUUCCGUUUCUUUGUUACAGAUGAGCCUCCCUUACUAAUCAUCAUGGCGUAUGACUGGUACAUUGCCAUCUGCCAACCACUGCACUACAAGUCAAUGAUGAACAGGAAAGCUUGUGUCCAAAUGGCAACCAGUAUCUGGAUCAGUUGUGUUCUCAAUUCUGCACUGCAUACUGGGAACACGUUUGCAAUAAUCUUCUGUGGAGACGAUGAGAUGGAGCAGUUCUUCUGUGAAACCCUCCAGCUCCUCAAACUUGCCUCCUAUGACUCACACCUCAGAGAAAUUGGGGCUAUUGCCUUUAGUGUGUACUUUGCCUUAAACUGCUAUUUUUAA